AUGGAUGCCACAAGAGUAUCUCAAAUAAGUCAAGUGGCAUUAUUGGCUUUGUUGGUGCUAGCACUGGUGGUUGGAACCCAUGGGCAAACAUGUCCUAACCAACUCGGAAAUCUAAAUGUUUGUGCACCCUUUGUGUUGCCUGGCUCAACAAAUAAUUCAACACCCAAUUCAGAAUGUUGUUCGGCACUUCAAACUGUGGAUCUUGAUUGCCUUUGCAAUACUAUUCGUAUUGCAUCACUUCUCCCUGCCCAAUGCAACUUGCCCGUUACUUGCGGUAUACAAUAA